CUGCGUCAUACGUCACCAGGAUCCUGCAGUCCGCAGAUCCGGGAGCAACAACAGCGCCUGAACCAGAAGAAGAAAGCGGCUGCAAAACACAAGAGGGCAACGUCUGAGAGAUGGCUGUACCGGGGUCAUUUCUGGUGUUAUCAGCCUGCAUUCUGGGGCUUUUCCAUGUGGAAGCAACACCAGACACCCUGAGCUCUCUGGAUUCUUCGUUCUGUCAUGGUGGACUAGAAGUGAUCUAUCCAGAGCUGGACAUUGACGAAUGCAUCAUAAUUCCAAAGGACCAGGAACUCAGAGAGAAAGUGAGCACAGUUUGGAAAGCCCCACAGAUUUACUUCUCUAGAGGACACAAGGUAAGAGAGAAAAAGAAGUAUGUUCUGGUGAUGGUUGAUCCUGAUGCUCCUAGCCGCACCAAUCCAGCAUCUGCUUACUGGAGGCACUGGCUGGUCAUGGACAUACAGGGAGAUGCACUCAAGAGAGGACAGAUACAAGGAACCACCCUCAGUGACUAUUAUCCACCGACCCCGCCACAGAAGUCUGGUUUUCAUCGCUACCAGUUCAUGUUGUUUGAGCAGCUUCCAGAUGCGCCAGUGUCACUCACCAAGCAGGAAAAAUCAUCCCGUGGUAAAUGGGAUCUUCAGGCCUUCGUCACAAGGUUUGAUCUGGGAGAGCCUGUGGCCACUCUGCAGUUUCUCACGCAAAACUACAAAGACUGAAGAAUGCUCAGACACUGGAAAGAUGCUGUGGUGGAAGAAUCUGUCAGUUCAAUAAUAUAAAAUAAAGUU